AUGGCCGGCAACAGCAUCGGUGGCAGUGCGAGUGGUGUGGACGAUCCGGAAGAGCGAAAACACUUUCAAAGAAUUGUGAACGCUUUUAGGUCAUAUAGGAGUUACUCCCUUCGACGGUUGUGUAAAGUGGUCAAAUAUGUGUCGAGUCUACCGCCAUCCCAUCAGCUCAUGCUCAAGAACUACCGGCAGCAUCUGGAUCGAGUACGGAUGGCAAUUGACCACAAUCAUGACGUUCUCAAGCUCGUGGUGGCCAACAUAGCCCACAUGUUUGAGAAUGUGGACCACUCCGACGACGUUAAACCUACGAACCAGAUUCAGGCCACAUCGUUAGACAUGGACAAAGUGCAGGCUGUCCUGAAGCAGUUUGUUCGGGAAUGGAGUUCCGAGGGGGCCGAGGAACGGCGAGCGUGCUUCCAACCAAUUUUGGACGCCAUUUCUGAACAUUUCCCAUUGAAUGAAGUAGACCCAUCCACCAUUCACAUACUGGUGCCGGGAGCAGGCCUCGGCAGGCUAGCCUACGAGAUUGCCCGCCAGGGUUACUGUUGCCAGGGGAAUGAGUUCAGUCUUUUUAUGCUGUUCGCUUCCAACUUCAUUCUGAAUCGGUGCAAAGGAACUAACUUGCACAUCGUGUAUCCCUGGGUGCACCAGUACUACAACCACAUGGCCUCGACAGACCAGAUCAGACCCGCCCAAUUCCCGGAUGCCAACCCCAGCGAUGUCCCUCCCGAGGCACAGUUCUCCAUGGCGGCUGGCAACUUUGUCGAAGUGUACGGCUCACAGUUAGAACAGUGGGACUGCGUGUCGACCUGCUUCUUCCUGGACACGGCACCCAACGUGGUGGUGUAUAUCGAAACCAUAGCGCACAUCCUUCGGCCAGGGGGCCUGUGGAUCAACCUGGGUCCGCUGCUCUACCAUUACGCCGACCUCCCUAACGAGGACUCGAUCGAGCCCAGCUACGAAGACGUCCGAAAUAUUAUUCUCACUAUGGGCUUCAUUUUUUUGAAAGAAGAAACCGGUAUUCCAACACCGUACACCCAAAAUCCACGUUCUAUGAUGCGGUACGAGUACCGCAGUGUGUUCUUUGUUUGUCAGAAACCCCUGCAGCCCUCUCACGCUAUGGAGCAGGCGAUUCAUGACGAAGUUGUUGGCGGUGCGAACUCCUGAUUCGGCAACUUCCCGUGGCGUAUUCGAAGAACCUGAAUGCGAGCGUUCACAGCACUACGCCUAUAAGCAGCCAGUGGUCAAACCGCAAUGACUCGGUCCUCGUUGACUAUAAUGUGUUCACAUAUGAUUCUGUACAGGUAUAGCUAGGAGACGAGAACCAAAUGAGCUCUGAUGUAUGACGUAUUCCACAAUUUGAGCUGGGCACUUGCUUGUAAUUUAAAAGGCAUCAGCAGUAACGUUGAACAUUUGUCUCUUUCUGUUGAUGUUGAACUUCAGGUGGUGCUGCAUGCAAACUUACUUAGUUGCAAAUUGACCUUGCUUUUGAAGCACGAGUGUUGCAUGUUAAAACAUGGAGAGCAUUUGAUGUAUUCAAAGUUCAUAAGUGCAAUUGAAUGUUUAAAGAAAACUGUAAAGCUGGGCUUUCUUCAUUAUUGGCAUGACAUAUACGUGCAUACGGGGUUUUUGGUUCUCAAAACUUGAGUUGUGUGUCUGUUUAGUAAGGCAAAUAGAAUUACCACCUAUUAUGAAUUGAUAAUUGCAUGGUACUGACGUCAAUGUUAUCACAUCCUGCAGCAACCCAUUUCGUUGAAGGUUCGAGAGGAAAUCUUACUGUGUUAUGGUUCUCCCACAAUAUGCCAUUUGUACGAGCAGAAUCGUUAGCGGUAAGAUGCUUCUCUUUUGAGAGAACCAUUAUCCUAUAUUCUCAUUUAAAAAAAUAGUAUGUUCCAUACGUUGUGUGGAGCAAACAGAGUUAUUGAAGUGGUUGGUUUCAUGUGGUAUACGAUAUUCUACCACAUGUGCUGGAUUACUCUGUGGAUACUUUUUAUUAAGCGUGAUGCGCGCUUCGUUGAUUUCAGUCACUUGAAUUCAUAUUUGGGGUACAAAUAUUUGUGUUAUGAAUAUGAAUGCAAAGUGACUCUCUACUAAUAGGCCAUAACCAGUUAGUCUAGCUAGUUGCGCUUAUGUCAUAUUAAUUUACUUAGAGGAAUGCUUUAACAUGCAUUUUUUGUAAGAAGUUAUUCCUCGAAAUAUAUCACAAAGUGCACGGCGUUUCUCAUAACACAAAUUAAUGUGACAUUUUCUUUAUUGCUGGUAAGAUUCAACCAAAAGCACCGCAUUUCACGCUAUGAGAGACAUAAUUCUUAAAACUAUUGCUAAGCACACAAUUUCUGCUUAAUCUAUUACUUCUAUGCUUCCGCUGCUACAGUUCUUGCAGACGGGUCAUAUGAAUGAUAUAAUUGAAAAUGAUUAAUAAGGAAUGUCAAUUUUAUUCGUUACCUACUGUUACUUAACAAUGUAUUCGGCAUUUAACAUUCAUGUAUUCAAGUAUAGUCCAGCCAGUGUUACCGAAUGACGAUGCCUACAUUUUCAACACCAGUGUUACACGGGCAUGUUUGAUGUCAUGGUUAAGCCUGAUCUGGAUCAAAGUUCUUGAUCAUGAUCGGCUCCUUUGCACAAACUCUGAAAGGGCACUAAUCUCUGUGGAGAAAUCUGAUCCUGACUGGGCUUGUGAUCAGCAACGCGCCGUGUGACACUGAUAUAACUUCCUGUUUCGUUGAAAUUUGAUAAAUAGGAAUAGUAGGAGUUGUUCCCGUGUUGGGAACUUUUCUGGAAUACUAGUUGCAACGCAUGCACUGCGAGUCUCAUUGCCUCGCGGGUUUUGCACUGCAUCUACUCGUAGUAUGUCAACUGGACACCUCUUAAGAAAGGGUUAUGUCGCACACAAGAGGCGCAUUCAGCUCUCUUAGUGUUUGGUGCGUCAAUGUAUCCCAGAGGUGAUCUUGUGAUAAUGUAUGUGCAACCAUUGGCCGUUUGUAAUGUGACAUGACCUGGUUUCCUUUGAUCUUAUUCAAACCGAUUAUGAGUUGUAAAAAAGCUAGAGGACUGUGUCACGCUGCAGUUUGCGACUCUACUGAGUGCACUAUAGAUGACAUAUAAGGUUCUGUAACCAACGUUUUUCCCGUAUGCUAGUUUCAGGUCACACCAACUUCCAUGCAGAUACGCACAUUCAGGGUCAUGAAGUUCUUUGAUCCUGGUUUUAUUUAUUCGGCUGUUACUGUGCCGUAUUAUUCAACUUUCUAAUGCAUUGGUCUAAAGCACUAUUAGAUCCGCUGACGCCUUUGUCAUCAUUUCUCAUUCGGCGCAGGCACAUACACUCAGAACCUCAAUAUAGCAAACCCGAGAUAUAACGAAUUAUUGGUUUUAAUGAACUAAAUGAAACAUAACUCUGUCUCAGUUACAGUGCUACGACUAUAUGUUUAUAACGAAUUUUCGAACAUAAAGAAGUAUUUUCGUGCAGGUGGGACUUUGUUAUAGUGGGGUUUGAGUAUACUGGAUUUUUAUCGCAAAUAUUUUUCAUAAUUCAUCCGCACAGUAAUGCCAAUCUCUGUACAAGAUUUCCAUUUAAUGUGUUCAAUGCAGGUACAAGCUCAUUUCUGCUUGUUUAGUCAUUCUGUGUGGGUGUAAUUUGCAAGUCUUGCAGUAUGUUGAUUCAGAAUAGUUUACUCAUAUCGGCACAUACUUGUCGGUUGUGUUUUUCACGAGCUAGCGAAGUUGCAUGGUUAUUGCUUGGUACAAGACAUAUGAUACAAGACAUGUGGAAUGUUGAUACUGGCAGUAUGGCAAAAGAACCUGUCGUCAGUUUGCUCGCACAAAGUGAAUAAUAGUUUGCAGUUCAGCUUAGUCGCUGGUGAUCGCAUACAAACUAGAAUUUGAAAUUUUGCAGCUGCUUAUAUUUUUGUGAUGACCAUUUUAUUGCUGGCUAACAAAGCUGCGGGUGUAUCGGCCCAAGGGCCACCUUUCUGGAUUGGACAUUUCUCGCACCACUAUUUGCAUUGCUCUGAUAAUCUGACGAAAAGAUUUUUUUCCUUUAUAGGGUCUGCGAUGAAAUUCGAGUGAUACUAUCGCAGAUUCGGGGGAUUCGAAAGAGAGAUAGCAUUCAAUUAAGAAAGGCACGCCAGGUGCAAAUUGAUUACUUGGUUAGCCAGGAACUCAUGGUCCUUGGAAAAUUGUAAACAGUGUGCACCUGCCAAUAUUUAUCAGCAAUGUUUUUUCUUUAUGAUCGGUCAAUCUGUCGGUGGAGCUGGCAACUGUUCGUGAAGUUGCUUAACCUUCUUGUUUCGUUUUACGCAGUAUGGAGUACUUUUUUUGAAAGCUCUUGUUAAUGCUUUCGUUACGGGUGGCUGUUUCUGAGAAUAAUGUCAAUUUGACUCAGGACUGUUGGCUGUUUUGUGUACUAAAAUAGGACUGUUGUUAAGAGAGAUAUAAUUUCUGCAAAUGAAAUAAAAUUUGAUGACAUGACUUUGACUUAA